UAAUACUUAUUAUGUGCCUAAACAACCUUACGCACUGUCAUUAUACUUAGUUACUUGUAAAAUGGACAAUUUGACGCUUGCUCUUGAUAACAGUAUAUAAUGGGCGUGAAUAGUUACACUAUAGCGUAAACGUUCAUUGCUUCUGUUGGCAAAAUGUUUCAAAAUAUCGUUGUAGUGUUUUUGGUGGCGAUGCUGGCUGGAUAUAGUCACCAAGUUCCCGUAGGCGCUGGUGUUGGUGGUGGUGCGGGCGCUGGUGCCGGCGGGGGCGGCAGUGUUGGAGGCAGUUUCGGAGUUGGGAUGAGUGCGGGCGCUCAAGGUAGUGUCGGAGGUUCCGCUGGCGGUCAGGCAGGAGGCCUAGCGGGCGCCGGCAUCGGAGCUGGAAAAUAAUUUCGCAGACGUCGGCUGUUCUUCACGAAUCUUUAGCUUUGUACUUAUAAUGUUUUUUAAUCUAUGUACUAACUCUCACAUCCCGGGUAUUAUACGAAAUGUCAAAAAAAGAAUUACUACUAAUGUGAAAUA